ACGGUAAAAUUGAGAGAGAGAGAGAGAUAAACAAAAAAAAGAAGACAGAAAUGGGUAAGAACAAUACCAAAAUCCUCAUCACAGCUCUUGUGAUGGUUGCAACCGCUGCGAUGAUGAUUGAAGAAGCUAAGAGCACUCUCAUAUGUGGCGUCGACACAAACGACUUGCAGAAAUGUCGUCCAGCUGUCACUGGAAACAACCCACCACCCCCUACUCCCGAAUGCUGCGCGGUGGCCAAGGCCGCUAAUCUUGAAUGUCUAUGCCCGUUCCUCUCGAGGUCCGGGCUUGACCCAUCAAAAAUCAAGGCUCUAGGGGCCAAUUGUGGCAUUACUAACAGUCCCUCCUGUUUGCCAUGAUUGAAGAACUGAGCUGGAAGGGACACAAGCAGGCCUGCCGCAAGAUUAAGUCUCUAAGUUAUAAUAUGUCUUUUGAUAUUCUAUUCGAAUAAAUCACCAGCUUUUGCAGUUAUUUUUCGGUCACCUUUCUAAUGUUGUUCUAUAUAUUAUGAAAAAAUAAAGUAAUAUUUGGC